CCAGCAAUUAGCGCACUUUUGGCCUUGCCCAACACAGGUGCUUUGUUGAUACCUGAUUACGUGAAUUAUUUUUGCGAAUUAAAAAGCCCGUCCUGCAGCCAGCGCCCCCGACAAGCAUGUUCUCGCCCACGCGUGCCCUGCGCCCCGCCCUCAGCCGCUGCUACAGCCAGAUCAAGGGCGGCCCCGUCGCCGGCCCCGGCCGGGCCAGUGCACCCGCAUCUGGAGCAGGAUCGCCGCCAGCCGCCUCGGGCCCCUCGUCGCCAGCCGUCGUGGGACUGACCAGCAACUGCGUGCGACCCAGCACCGGGCCCGUGGGACCCGGCGCCUCGGCCACCGGCGAGUACAAGGUGCCCGAGUACUACAGCUUCAACCGCUUCAGCUACGCCGAGGCAGAGGUGGAGAUGGCCAAGUACCGCUGCCCCCAGCCCUCGGCCCUCAAGUAGGCCGCAGCAAAGGCGAACAAAUCUUGUUAAUGUUAAAUAAAAGCUAGAAAAGAG